CAAAGGAACAGAUUCCGGCUAAAGGUUUUCCUCAUAAAACCCUCCUCGUCGUUCCUUUCCGCCUUCACCUUCCUCGUCCUCAUCUACUUCAUCCCGAAGGAAGAAGAAGCGAUGCUGGACAUCAACAUAUUCCGGGCUGAAAAGGGGUUUGACCCCGAGCGCGUCCGCGAGUCCCAGCGCCGCCGCUUCGCCAGUGUCGAGAUCGUCGACGAGAUCAUCCACCUCGACAAGGAAUGGCGCCAGCGGCAAUUCGAGCUCGAGAAUCUGAGGAAGGACUUCAAUCGCAUCAACAAGGAGAUUGCCCGCCUCAAGAUCGCAAAGGAAGAUGCGACGGAGAUGAUAAAGAGCACGGAGGAGAACAAGAAGCUGACGGCCGCGAAGGAGGUGGAGGUCCAGGAAGCAAAGGUCGCGCUGGAUGCUAGGCUCGAGAUCGUCGGCAACCUCGUCCAUGACUCGGUCCCCGUCAGCAAUGAUGAGGCCAACAAUGAGGUGAUUCGGACAUGGGGGGAGCGGCGGAUGGAGGGAAAGUUGAGGAAUCAUGUUGACCUUGUCAAGCUGCUUGAUAUUGUGGAUGCAGAAAAGGGUGCUGAUGUAGCUGGUGGGAGAGGUUUCUAUUUGAAGGGUGAGGGAGUCCUCUUAAAUAUGGCACUUAUAAACUUUGGAUUAGCAUUUCUGAAGAAAAGAAAGUACCAACCAAUGCAGACUCCAUUUUUCAUGAGAAAGGACAUAAUGGCAAAAUGUGCGCAGCUGGCCCAAUUUGAUGAGGAACUUUACAAGGUGACAGGCGAAGGGGAUGACAAAUAUCUGAUUGCGACCGCAGAACAGCCAUUGUGUGCUUAUCAUCUAAAUGAUCGAAUCUAUCCUUCUGAACUACCUAUACAAUAUGCUGGAUAUUCAACCUGCUUCCGGAAAGAAGCUGGUUCACAUGGUCGAGACACACUGGGCAUUUUUAGAGUCCAUCAGUUUGAAAAAGUAGAGCAAUUCUGUAUUACCAGUCCAAAUGACAGUGACUCAUGGGAGAUGCAUGAGGAAAUGAUAAAAAAUUCGGAGGACUUCUAUAAGGAGCUGAGCAUUCCCUAUCAAGUCGUGGCUAUUGUUUCUGGUGCUUUAAAUGAUGCAGCAGCCAAGAAGUAUGACUUGGAAGGAUGGUUUCCGGCAUCACAGACCUACAGGGAACUAGUCUCCUGUUCGAAUUGCACGGAUUACCAAUCAAGGAGAUUAGGAAUUGGAUAUGGCCAGAAAAAGAAUGAUGAACAGGCAAAGCAGUUUGUCCAUAUGCUGAACUCUACAUUAACAGCAACAGAAAGGACCAUUUGUUGUAUUCUCGAAAACUAUCAGAGGGAAGAUGGAGUUGAAAUUCCAAAAGUGUUGCAACCCUUCAUGGGUGGCCAAGAAUUUCUCCCAUUCAAGCAGAGCCCAGAAGCCAAAUCUAAAAAGACUAAAGCUAAGGGUAAUGCUGGUUCAUAAGACAAGGGAUGGAGCAAACACAACUCAUCCAGGGGAUUGACACGAUCUAUAUGUCGACAUAAGAAAUAUGUUGCAUUUUUUGGCUGAUAUCCUUUGUUUACUAUUUAUGGUUAUUAAAGAAACCAUGCUGACUGUCUACAAUGAACUUUAUAGAGGGUUGAAGUUUGAACUUUAUGGAGCAUUGAACUUUAUGAUUAUGAAAGAAACCAUGCUGAUUAUUUUGUUAUCUUAUUUUAAUUAUCUUUGUCUAA